CCGGGCGCGGGCGCGGCGCCCCUUCCCCCGGGACGCUCCAGCGGACAUGGGUGGGGCCCUGGGACCGGCUCUCCUGCUUACCUGGCUCCUCGGUGCCUGGGCAGGCCCGGGGCCCGGUGAGCAGGCGGUGACCGUGGCGGUGGUGUUUGGCAGCUCAGGGCCUCCACAGGCCCAGGCUCGAGUUCGCCUCACCCCGCAGAGCUUCCUGGACUUGCCCCUGGAGGUCCAGCCGCUCACCGUGGGGGUGAACAACACCAACCCCAGCAGCCUCCUCACCCAGAUCUGCGGGCUCCUGGGCGCGGCCCGCGUCCACGGCAUCGUCUUUGAAGACAACGUGGGCACGGAGGCGGUGGCCCAGCUCCUGGACUUCAUCUCUUCCCAGACUCACGCGCCCAUCCUCAGCAUCAGCGGGGGCUCCACGGUGGUCCUCACUCCCAAGGAGCCGGGCUCCGCCUUCCUGCAGCUGGGCGUGUCCCUGGAGCAGCAGCUGCAGGUGCUCUUCAAGGUGCUCGAGGAGUACGACUGGAGCGCCUUCGCCGUCAUCACCAGCCUGCACCCGGGCCACGCGCUCUUCCUGGAGGGAGUCCGCGCCGCGGCCGACGCCAGCUACCUGAGCUGGCGGCUGCUGGACGUGCUCACGCUGGAGCUGGGCCCCGGCGGGACGCGCGCGCGCACGCAGCGCCUGCUGCGCCAGGUGGACGCGCCCGUGCUCGUGGCCUACUGCUCCCGCGAGGAGGCCGAGGUGCUCUUCGCCGAGGCGGCCCAGGCGGGCCUGGUGGGGCCCGGCCACGUGUGGCUCGUGCCCAACCUGGCCCUGGGCAGCACCGACGCGCCCCCCACCACCUUCCCCGUGGGCCUCAUCAGCGUGGUCACCGAGAGCUGGCGUCUCAGCCUGCGACAGAAGGUUCGCGAUGGUGUGGCCAUCUUGGCGCUGGGCGCCCAUGGCUACCGGAGACAGCAUGGCGUCCUGCCUGCUCCGGCUGGCGACUGCCGCAGCCAUCCCGGGCCCGUCAGCCCAGCCCGGGAGGCCUUCUACAGGCACCUACUGAAUGUCACUUGGGAGGGCCGAGACUUCUCCUUUAGCCCUGGUGGGUACCUGGUCCAGCCCACCAUGGUGGUGAUCACCCUCAAUCGGCACCGCCUCUGGGAGAUGGUGGGGCGCUGGGAUCAUGGCGUCCUCUAUAUGAAGUACCCAGUGUGGCCUCGCUACAGCGCCUCCCUGCAGCCCGUGGUGGACAGCCGGCACCUGACGGUCGCCACGCUGGAAGAGCGGCCCUUCGUCAUCGUGGAGAGCCCCGACCCCGGCACGGGGGGCUGUGUGCCCAACACCGUGCCCUGCCGCAGGCAGAGCAACCGCACUUUCAGCAGCGGGGACCUGACCCCCUACACCAAGCUCUGUUGUAAGGGCUUCUGCAUCGACAUCCUCAAGAAGCUGGCCAAGGUCGUCAAGUUCUCCUACGACCUCUACCUGGUGACCAACGGCAAGCACGGCAAGAGGGUGCGAGGCGUGUGGAACGGCAUGAUCGGGGAGGUGUACUACAAGCGGGCAGACAUGGCCAUCGGCUCCCUCACCAUCAACGAGGAGCGCUCGGAGAUUGUGGACUUCUCCGUGCCUUUUGUGGAGACGGGCAUCAGCGUGAUGGUGGCCCGCAGCAACGGCACCGUCUCCCCCUCGGCCUUCCUGGAGCCCUACAGCCCCGCGGUGUGGGUGAUGAUGUUCGUCAUGUGCCUCACCGUGGUGGCCAUCACGGUCUUCAUGUUUGAGUACUUCAGCCCUGUCAGCUACAACCAGAACCUCACCAAGGGCAAGAAGCCUGGGGGUCCGUCCUUCACCAUCGGCAAGUCCGUGUGGCUGCUGUGGGCGCUCGUCUUCAACAACUCGGUGCCCAUUGAGAAUCCACGAGGCACCACCAGCAAGAUUAUGGUCCUGGUCUGGGCCUUCUUCGCCGUCAUCUUCCUGGCCAGCUACACGGCCAACCUGGCCGCCUUCAUGAUCCAGGAGCAGUACAUCGACACGGUGUCGGGCCUCAGUGACAAGAAGUUUCAGCGGCCUCAGGAUCAGUACCCGCCCUUCCGCUUUGGCACGGUGCCCAAUGGCAGCACAGAGAGGAACAUCCGCAGCAACUACCGUGACAUGCACGUCCACAUGGUCAAGUUCAACCAGCGCUCGGUGGAGGACGCGCUCACCAGCCUCAAGAUGGGGAAGCUGGACGCCUUCAUCUAUGACGCUGCUGUCCUCAACUACAUGGCGGGCAAGGAUGAAGGCUGCAAGUUGGUCACCAUUGGGUCUGGCAAGGUCUUUGCCACCACCGGCUACGGCAUCGCCAUGCAGAAGGACUCUCACUGGAAGCGGGCCAUAGACCUGGCCCUCCUGCAGUUCCUAGGGGACGGAGAAACACAGAAACUGGAGACGGUGUGGCUCUCGGGCAUCUGCCAGAAUGAGAAGAACGAGGUGAUGAGCAGCAAGCUGGACAUCGACAACAUGGCGGGCGUCUUCUACAUGCUGCUGGUGGCCAUGGGGCUGGCCCUGCUGGUCUUCGCCUGGGAGCACCUGGUGUAUUGGAAGCUGCGGCACUCGGUGCCCAGCAGCUCCCAGCUGGACUUCCUGCUGGCGUUCAGCAGGGGCAUCUACAGCUGCUUCAACGGGGUGCAGAGCCUGGCCAGCCCCGCGCGCACCCCCAGCCCGGACCUCACGGCGGGCUCCGCGCAGGCCAGCGUGCUCAAGAUGCUGCAGGCGGCCCGCGACAUGGUGACCACGGCGGGCGUGAGCAGCUCCCUGGACCGCGCCACCCGCACCAUCGAGAGCUGGGGCGGCAGCCGCCGGGCGCCGCCGCCGCCCGCCUGCCCCUGCCCGCGCCCACCCAGCCCCGGGGCCUGGGCGCCUCCGGGAGGGGGCCGCCCCACGCCGCUGUGCAGGGCCCGGCGCCCCGCGACGCCCGGGCUGCCCCCGCCCGACGUCUCCCGGGCGCCCCGCCGCCGCCCACCCGCCCGGGAGGCGCCGUGGCCCGGGCCCCCGGCCGCGCCCUGCGGGCGGCGCGCGCUCCCGGAGCGCCCCCUGUCGCCCGCGCCCCGCCACUACAGCUCCUUCCCCCGGGCCGACCGGCCUCGGCGCCCCGCCCUCCCGCUCUUCCCGGAGCCCCCGGAGCCCCCGGAGCCCGACGACCUGCCGCUGCUGACGCCCCACCAGCUGGCCCGGAGGGAGGCCCUGCUGCGGGCGGCCUGGGCCCGGGGCGCCCGCCCCCGCCACGCCUCCCUGCCCAGCUCGGUGGCCGAGGCCUUCGCUCCGCCCCGCCCGCUGCCCGCCCGGUGCACCGGCCACGCGUGCGCCUGUGCCCUCGGCCCGCCGGCCUGCGGGCGCUGGGCCAGGCGGCUGCCCGCCCCCUGGGAGGCAUGGCCCGAGGGGGGCCCUGCGGGGGGGCCCUCCUGGCAGCCCCGGCGGCACGUCUGCCUGCACGCUCGUGCCCACCUGCCCUUGUGCUGGGGUGCUGUCUGCCCUCAUCGCCCACCCUGUGCCAGCCGUCGUCCCUGGCUCCCGGGGGCCUGGGGGCACCGGGCACACAGGGGCAGGACCCUGGGGCUGAGCACGGGCUGCGGGGACAGCAGGGUGCUGGAGGCGGCCGGCCGCGGGGCCUGUGCCGCUCAGAGCUUCUCGGAACCGUGCACCUGGAGGCGGCUCUCCAGCCUGGAGUCGGAAGUGUGAGGUGCCGGCCC